GUAUUCCACUCACUUUGUUCUCCGCCUUUGUCCUAAUCCACACCAGCAGGUGGAGCCGCAGUUUAAGUUUCCGAGUCCAUUCCGGGAGCGGGAGCCCAUCUUGCUCGCCGCCGAGGCCCUCGCUGGAGGAGGAGGGUCAGAGCUCGGGUACAGCCAAUCGCGAACAACGCUGCUAGUUAUCAGAGCAGAAUGGGCUGUAGUUUAGUGAAAUAGGAAAGCUGCAAAACACUGUGGAGUGUUUCCCGUGUAAAUAAAAAGAGGAAAAAAAAGUUUCUCAAGUCGCCGCUGCACUACGUCGGGCCGGCGCUGGGGCGGGGGUCUGCGCUCUCCCGAGCGGCCGCGCGCUGGACUUUAUUGUGCCGCAACCAGCCCCCGUCCCCAUUGUUUGUGUUUUUUUCAAAAUAUGGCAAAGGUUCAGGUGAACAAUGUAGUGGUGCUGGAUAACCCUUCUCCUUUCUACAACCCAUUCCAGUUCGAGAUCACCUUCGAGUGCAUCGAGGACCUGUCUGAAGACUUGGAAUGGAAAAUUAUCUAUGUGGGCUCAGCAGAAAGUGAAGAAUACGAUCAAGUUUUAGACUCUGUUUUAGUGGGCCCUGUUCCUGCAGGAAGGCAUAUGUUUGUAUUUCAGGCUGAUGCCCCUAACCCAGGACUCAUUCCAGACGCAGAUGCAGUAGGUGUCACAGUUGUGCUAAUUACAUGCACCUAUCGAGGUCAAGAAUUUAUUAGAGUUGGCUAUUAUGUAAAUAAUGAAUACACCGAGACAGAAUUAAGGGAAAAUCCGCCAGUAAAACCAGACUUUUCUAAGCUUCAAAGGAACAUUCUGGCAUCCAAUCCCAGAGUCACAAGAUUUCACAUUAAUUGGGAAGAUAACACAGAAAAACUGGAAGAUGCAGAGAGCAGUAAUCCAAAUCUACAAUCACUUCUUUCAACAGAUGCAUUACCUUCAGCAUCAAAGGGAUGGUCUACGUCAGAAAACUCACUAAAUGUCAUGUUAGAAUCCCACAUGGACUGCAUGUGACCACCUGCCAUCCCUCUAGUACAAAUUAAGCUAUAAAAACACACAGAACUAUUUCCCUGAAAUUCCAUUAAGUCAUAGUCAAGACACAAUGUGAAGAAUUUGUUUUAAAAACAUCCUGUAGAAAGUUUAUAAGAAAACCAGUAUUUGAGCAAAUUGUGGAAUAUAAAUACAACUAUUUUUAAGUAAC